ACAGUCGGGUGUCGCGUUCGACCCAUGCAAGCAAAAUAGCCAUUUAACUGCAUUAGCUAGCUAGCUUGAUAUGGUGCUGCUGGUGUAUUCGUUAACAAUUCGUUUUAGGUGAGCCAUUUAAUUUCUAAUGAAAGAAGUGUUGAGUGUGAGCACGGACCUUUUGAGAACAUAAGAAUACCAACAUAUCGGUGCAAAUGUAGAGGCUGCUAGGUCCGCGUUCUCCGGCUCUGUUGUAUAGAGCUACAAUAGGCUAGCUAAUUAGCCUUCCAAGAGGUUGGCUCUUUCGCUCCGAACUAGCUAGUUGGCUUGGUAGAGCUCUAGUAUUGUUUUGUGCCCGACAGACCACAGCACCUCUGCCGUGUUUGCGAACCAGUCGUGACAUCUCCCGACCUUUGGGAAGCGGACGCUGUCAGUUUGUCUGAAUUGCACGAGCGCAGAGUGAAAAGAUCUUGCGUGUGUGUUUUCACUGAGUGUGUGUGAGUGUGUGUGUGUGUGUGUGGUUGGUGUGUUUGGCCUUGGUCCCAAGAUGCGCCAACGGCAGCAGCAGUAGCAGUCUUGGGGCAGUUCCAGUGAGUCUAGUGGAUUCAUCCCAACCCCCCUCCCCCCACCCACCCUGCCCUCUCUCGUCAUGGAAGGCCUAUGCCCUGCGCCCGGGCCCCCGUGCCCUCUAUAGGAGCCCACCUCUCUCAUCCCCUGGCACAUCACCGGCCACUGGCACCGCACCGCACCUCACCUUCGCCCACACUUCAGCAACCUCCGAUUCCUGAGGGGUCUUUGGUGGCCCGCAAUUGGUCUUCCCGCCUCCUCCUCUCCUCUCCCCGGGGAAGAUGUCUCUGAGCGUGGGGCCGGACAUCCAGCAGGAGGGGGAGAGCGGUCAGCAGCUGGCUGACACGGGGGCCAGCACCAAGUGCAAAGUCACCGUCCAGCCCCCCCAGCAGAGCAUGGAGGGCAGCGGAGGAGGAGGAGGAGGAGGAGGAGGAGGAGGAGAUGCCCCCGAAUCCGAGGAGAGCCUCCAGCAGGAUUCCCAGAGGCGGUCACAGAACCACGGCCACACCAGAAAGCGAGCGAAGUCCAAUGCCAAGCUGAAACUGGUGCGGAGUUUGGCAGUGUGUGAGGAGUCCUCAGGUCCAUUCCCAAUAGAUGGACCCCCAGAGAAUCAGGAUAUCAUUCAGCUGCAUAUCAGCUGCCCUUCAGACAAAGAGGAGGAGAAGUCCUCCAAAGACGAGUACGAGAAUGAGGAGAAGGAAAAGAAGGAGAAGAGCAUGCGGAGGAAUCUCUCCCGUGAUUCCAGCCAAGAGUACACUGACUCCACCGGUAUUGACGUGCACGAGUUCUUGGUCAACACACUGAAAAACAACCCCAGGGAUCGAAUGAUGCUGCUUAAACUGGAACAAGAUAUCCUGGAGUUCAUUAAUGACGACAAUAACCAGUACAAGAAGUUUCCCCAGAUGACUUCCUACCACCGCAUGCUGCUGCACAGGGUGGCCGCCUACUUUGGCAUGGACCACAACGUGGACCAGACGGGCAAGGCCGUCAUCAUCAACAAGACCGGCAACACACGCAUCCCCGAGCAGAGGUUUUCUGAGCACAUAAAGGAGGAGAGGAACAUGGACUUCCAGAAGAGGUUUAUCCUGAAAAGGGAUGAUGCCAGCAUGGACAAGGACGACAAUCAGAUCCGCGUGCCAUUGCAGGAUGGCCGCCGCAGCAAGUCCAUCGAGGAGCGUGAGGAGGAGUACCAGCGGGUACGAGACCGAAUCUUCGCCCGCGAGUCCUCUCAGAAUGGAUACAUCAACGACAACAGACUUUCCACUGAAGGCUAUUCCUCUAGUUCUCAAAAGAGGAGGCAGAUCUUUAGGGGGAACCGCGAGAGCUCUAGCCGGGCGUCGAGCAGCCGGCAGAGCAGCACGGACUCGGACAUGAAGUGUCUGGAGCCGCGGCCGUGGAGCAGCACCGACUCGGACAGCUCCAACCGCACGCUGCGGCCGCCCGUCACCAAGGCCAGCAGCUUCUCGGGCAUCUCCAUCCUGACGCGCGGCGACAGCCUGGGCAGCAAGGGCUCGCAGGGCAGCGCCAGGGGCUCCCGCACCAACCUACCUCCGGCUACCCUGGACGUGUGUCCCCUGCAGCCCAGCCCCCAGGUGGGCCGCAGUCUGCUGCCCUGCCCCUCCAACCCGCCGCCGCCGCAGCAGAGCCAGCAGCCCCCUCCCCCGCCCCAGCAGGCCCUCCUGCCCACGCCCACCCAGCACCCCAUGGGCAACCACAUGAUGGGACAGCCGGUGGCUUCUCUGCAGCCCUCUCCACAGACUGUCUCCUACACCAGCCCCUCCUGUCCCCAGGUCCUCCUGCCUGUCUCUCCUCCCCAGCAGUACAACAUGGGCGACGAGCUGACCCCCCAGUUUGGCCAGAUGACGUUGAGUCGCCAGGGCUCCAGCGAGAACCCCGAGGGCCCCCCCAUGUACCAGGCGGCGCCCGCCGUGCUAGCCCAGCACCCGCCGCCCCAGACCAGCUACAUCAUGGCCGCCCCGGCCGCCCCCCAGCCCAUGGCCCCUCCCUCUGGCUACCAGCCAGGCAACGCGCACCCCCACCCUCCACCGCCCCCGCCGCCACCUGCCCAGCCCGUCAUGCAGGCCCCUCCGCCCCCGCAAGGGUACAUGCAGGCACCGCCCCCACAGCAGAUCCAGGUGUCGUACUACCCUGCAGGCCAGUACCAGAGCUCGGGGCAGCAGUACAGGCCCAUGUCUCACCAGGUGUCUUACCCCCAGCAGCGUGCCCAGCCAAUACCCCAGCCCGCGCAGCAGUCUGCUGGUAUGCAGACUAUGAUGCCCAGUCAGCAGCCAGCCUACCAGGGCAUGAUGAGCGUGCAGCAGCCCCAGAACCCGGGCAUGAUGAACUCACAGAGGACCAGCAUGGGCGGCCAGAUGCAAGGCCAAAUGCAAGGCCAGAUGCAAGGCCAGAUGCAAGGCCAGAUGCAAGGCCAGAUGCAAGGCCAGAUGCAAGGCCAGAUGCAAGGCAUGAUGGUCCAGUACCCACCCAUGCCCUCAUAUCAGGUGCCCGUGGCCAACGAGAGCCAGCCGGUGGUGCAGCAGCAGUACCAGCAGCAGGCGGUGAUGGUGCCCGCCAGCCAGUCGGUGCAGGGGGCGCCCAUGCCAGGCACGCCCAUGCCAGUCUACUACAGCGUGCUCACGCCCACUCAACAGAACAGCACAAGUCCAUCAGUGGGCUACCUACAGCCCAGCUCUGAGCAGUACCAGAUCACGCAGUCCCCCUCGCCCUGCAACCCACCGCAGAUACAGCAGCAAUAUUCAGGUGUGCCGCCUCCUGGUCCCGGGGUGAUGGUGAUGCAGUUGAGUGUCCCCAACGGGCCGCAGCCGGCCCAGAACCCGCCCAUGGUCCAGUGGAACCCCUGCAAGUACUACAGCCUGGAGCAAAGGCCAAGCAAACCGGGGGAGCUCUACAAACCGGACUCCAAUCCCCAGGGUGGUAAUCAGCUGGGCAGCCCGCUGGCGUCCCCAACCCAGUCCCCCACCCCGUCCCCAUCGGGUAGCGUCAACAGUGUGUGUCCCGGCCUCGGCCCUCUGCCACUAAUUUCACAGUACCCCCGGCCCGGAGGACCCGCACAAGGCGAUGGGCGCUACUCUCUGCUGGGGCAGCCUCUGCAGUACAGCCUGUGCCCCCCGCCCCUCAUGCACAACCAGUCCUCCUACAGUUCCCAUCAGGGCCAAGGGGUCAUGAAGCAGCACGGAGCACGCGGCAAAAGACAGACCCUCAAGUCUGCUUCCACAGACCUGGGUACCACUGACGCAGUGGUGAGCCGGGUGCUGGAGGUGACAGACCUCCCCGAGGGGAUCACGCGCCCAGAGGCAGAGAAGCUCUUCAACCAGCUCUCCCUGUGUGGCGCCAAGAUCCAGUGGCUCAAGGAGCCCCACCACCACCACACAGCUGCAGCCGCCCAGCACCCACACCAACACCACCACCACCACCAGCAGCACCCACAUCAACUUCAGCAUCAGCACCACCAGCACCAUCAGCGAGGUGCUCCAGCGCCAGGCCAGCCCUGUGCCGCCGCCGCCGGUCUUGGCCCGGGCCUGGGUCCCACCACUCCCGGUCCCGGUACCAGCGUCUGCCCCUCGGGGCCCGGUUCGAGCUGCGUCGGAGUUGUCAAGGGGGACGCUGCUGCUGCUGCUGGUGGUGGUGGUGGUUGUGGUGGUGGUGGUGGUGGAGGAGAUCCGGCUCACCUCUACACGGUGGUGGCCGUGUUCCCCAGCACCAUGGCGGCCCAGAGUGCUUCCUUCAAACUCAACAACAGCGGAGGCAGCCUGUUCAAGCUACGCGCCGCCAAAAAGAACUAUGACCUGCGCGUGCUGGAGCGAGCCAGCUCCCAGUAAAAAAAAGACCAAGAGAGAGAGAUUGAGAGAGUGAUUGACGCAGAGAGAGAGAGAGAGAGAGAGAGAGAGAGAGAGAGAGAGAGAGAGAAAGAGAGAGAGGGGUGUGGAGAGAAGGAGAGUGACUUGAGAAAGAGGGAUUUAAAAACAGGACAAAAUGGACAAUUGAUUGUUGUUCUUUUAAGGAAAAGGAAAUGGGAGAAGAGGAGCCCAAAGGAAUGAACUGAUGUUGAUGUUUUGCGACAAAAGCCCAUCAAAAUUUUUAUGUUUAGAGUUUUUCAUUUUUUUGUUUGUUUGUUUUGUUUUUUCCGUUUGUUCCAUUUUUUGAAUCGUUACCUGAAGAGCACACAAGACACGUGAGCAUGUGUAUCUCUGUUGCCAUGUAUAUGACGUGUACAAUAACACACACACACACACACACACACACACACACACACACACACACACACACACACACACACACACACACACAUUCACAGGCCUACACACAGUUACACGCAUUUCAAAGGUCACAACGCAUACCAGCAUACAGAUGCACACUGCACACACACACACACAUACACACACACACACACACACAC